AUGAUAGGCGCUGCUGCUGCUGCUGCUGCAUGCGUGAGGCAUCCGGUGAACGCCUGCGGGCAUGCGUGCCGAUCUGCCAAUGGAAUCUGUGGCUGGCUGGCUGGCUGGCUGGUGCUGCUGCGCACGCGCGCUUUCACCCAAUUGUUUACACCACGGUGCCGAGCAUUGGUGUCACCCAGCGGUAUGCGCAGUCUCCAGCGUCUCUUGCCAGUUUGGCGUCAAAAGAGCGCGGUAGAAUCGGUGGUUAUCGCUCCACUAGUGCAAUGGAGAAGACGCUUGGCUGCUCUAGCGAUGCUGGAGCGCGAGUUACCCCAGUACCUAGACCUGGACUCGUGGCAAAUGACGCUGGCACAGUUCAUUCAGAGCCAGCCACGAAGAGCGUACACCAUAUCGCCCGAGUCGACGGUAUUCGAAGCUGUACAGAAAAUGGUAGCGCACAACGUUGGUGCUGUCGCGGUGGUGGAACCGGACGCAAACGAUGCCGCACGACAGGCACAGCGGCUCGUUGGCAUCUUCACGGAACGCGACUACUUGCGGAAAAUUAUUGUUGCCUCGAAGGCAUCGAAAACAACCCCCAUAGCUGAGGUCAUGACCCAAGACCCGGUAUGCGUAACGCCGCAGCAACGAGUCGGUGACGCGCUUCACCUCAUGACGGAGCUCGAUAUACGACAUCUGCCCGUACUGGAGAGCCUGCCGAACGGCUCCCUGCUGACGAUGGUUUCCAUGCGCCAACUCAUGCGCGAGGUAGCGGCUAGUCACGAGAAACAGGUCUCUGCGCUGAUGGCACAGCUGCGGAAACUCUCGCUCCUCGUGGUCGACGAUCGCUCUCCCGGGGACGGAGCAGCGACACUGGGUCCGGCGUCAUCGACGACACCGAACACGAGGACGAUCCACACGGGAUCGGAUCGCUUGAGCCUGAAAUCCUGGUGGCAGCGCUGA